AUGUCAGGCAAGACGGUCUUCAUCGUAGGGCCAGGCUUCAUUGGCUGGAAUGUGCUCGACCUUCUGAUCGGAGAAGGAUACAUCGUCACUGGUCUUGUCCGCCGGCGAGAGCAUGCGGAGGGCAUCAAGGCGUCAGGCGCCACCCCUGUGAUGGGCGACUUGAACAACAGGGACCUGAUUGUCGAGCAGUCGGCCCAGCACGACAUCGUUAUCCACACCGCCACCGCAGACCACUUGCCCAGCGUUCAAGCUGUGCUCAAUGGCGUGAAGAAGCGCAUCGAGCAAGGCAAGCCGACGAUCUUCAUUCAUACCUCGGGCACGAGCGUACUGGACGAUGGCGCGAAGGGCAUGUUCAAAUCCGACAAGGUGUUUCACGACAGCGCUAGGGAGGAAGUUGAUAGCGUACCCCAAGAUGCACCCCACAGAGCCAUCGACCUUGAGAUCGUUAAGAUGCAGAAGCAGUUCGGUGACCAGGCCAAGCUUGCUAUCAUGAUCCCGCCUUUGAUCUAUGGGUUCAAUCCUAAGCAUAAGCGCUUGACCAUUCAAAUCCCGACGAUCACUCGCUUCGCGCUGAAGCAUGGCUUCGCACCGUAUGUUGGCAAAGGCGCAGCAGUGGAAAGCAACAUCCACGUCAUGGAUCUAGCUCGCGCUUACAUCACCUUGCUGCAUCACAUCGAGCAGUCAACGGCCCAGGAGACCAUGACGAACCCGUAUUACUUCUGCGAAUGUACCGGCGACAACGAGCCGUCCUGGUACGACGUCGCUUCGCUGGUGGGCGAGUCUCUUCAUAAGGCUGGCCGAAUCCAAGACCCGAAGCCCAGGGAGGUGCCAAAGGAGCUGUACGGCGACCUCUUCGGCGAGUUCACUGAGCCUGUCGUGGGAUUGAACUCGAGAAGCAGGGCGCUCAGAUUACGAGAGCUAGGCUGGGAGCCACGUGAGAAGGACUGGAAGAGCAGCUAUGUUGAGGAUGAACUGCCGGAGCUUCUGAGGGAGGAGACGGGAAGUUUCAGUGGAUAUGCUGGGGCGGUAGCGAGCUGA